ACAUACGUAUGACUCAUAUAUGUCCUUUUGUAAGUCCGCAGCAUUCGAAGCUGACGAAGACAUUUUGGGCCCUUAGAAAAUCCAUUUAAUCCUACCAAAAUGAUUAUCUACAGGGACAUACUUACAGGUGAUGAGCUUUUCUCCGACAAUUUCAAAGUGGAACUAGUGGGCCCAAAUAAGAAUAUAAUUAGGAUCAAAGUAAAGAGAGUGUCAGAAAGCACAUCAGUUGACAUUGACAUUGGAGCUAACCCAUCUGCAGAGGAACAGGCUGAAGCAUUGGAAGAGGGUGUCAUUAGCAACUUCAACGUUUGCACCAACCAUCAAUUACAGGAGGUGCCAGGAUAUACUUUAAAGGAAUACCAGGGUGUGUUCAAGAAGUAUGUAAAGAAAUUGGAAAAGAAGAAGCAAGAGGAAAUCGAAGAGCUGGAGAAUGAAGGAAACAAGGGAGGAAAAGCAGACAAAUUGAAAGAAGAGCUAGAAAACUUCAAAGCCACCAUUGGGGAUGAUGUCAAGCAGGUGUUUGCACAAGGACUCAAGAAGAAGGAAUUCCAGUUCUUCAGUGGUGAAUCAAUGGAUCCAGAGGCUAUGAUUGCACUUCUGUCAUAUGCAGACAACGACCCAGAUCCUUAUAUGUAUUACAUCAAAUUUGGUCUGUUGGAAGAGAAACAGUGAUGUACCUCCAUCUCGUGCCCAGAACGUUAUUCCAUUGAAACAUCCUUUUCACCAAGUUCCGUCACUUUCUUUGUCGUCACCAUCCGGAGGAAAAGCAAUCGGACAACCAAACACUCUCUCUGACGUACAUCUCAAUGAAAAACCAGUCAUCAAGAGACAUUGAAUCAUGGAGUUAUGGGAAAUAUUGAGAAUUGAACUUGUGGCCGAAAGGAAAGAGGACCUUGGGAGGGGAGGGGGGUAUUGAUCUCAAAUUAUUAUAUCUCAGAUAAAGCUUUAUGCUGGUCUACCACUUCAGUGUGAGGGAACCACUUGAUGACCUAUACCAGUGAUUAAGCAGAACCACUCAAGCCUUCAUAGGUAGAGCUGCUUUACUCUUACCUUGUGUUGCAAAAUUAUUGUAAAUCCGCAAAAUGUAAGUUACAGUGUAGAGUCUGAUCCUCAAAAAUGCCAAUUUUGGCUACUUAAAUAUAUGUGAAUAAAGUUUGGUAAACAUUUUAAGAUUCUGUAGAAAUUUUCUGGUGAUUCGUAAAUGGUAUAUUAUAUAUACCGUAUAUCAUUCCAUGAAUUGAUUCGAAUUGGACUAAAUUAUAUUUCCGCUAUUUAAAAAAAAAUCUCCAAAAGGUGCAAUUUAGUACAUGUACAUCCAGCUUUGAAGGUCCAUGUAGAAUCCCACCAUGUAGAAUCCUGGGCCCCGUCUUACAAAGAGUUACGAUUGAUCCAAUCAAUUUCAAGAAUAUGGGAAAUCCAUCAAUAUCAUAAUUUUUUCUGUACGAAAUUGUGCAAUGUCCUAUGAAAACAACGAGAAGCGUACAGAAUUGUCAGGAAAACUCUGAAUGUACGCAUGUUCAUCAUUUCUAGAAAAUAUUUUGAACAAGCAUGUAUUUUAGUUGUUGACAUUGCUGGCUUUCCAGAGUUGCGAUGAUUGGAUCUAUCGUAACUCUUUUCAAGACGGAGCCCCUGUUCUUCAUACAGGGUUACCAUGCAAUGUAGAUUGUUCCCAGAGGGUAUAGAACAUAUCUGGGCUCCGUAACACAAAGAUUAGCGAUCAAUCGCUAAAUGAACUGACCAAUCAAUAACGAUGUUACAUGCACAUUUGGUUUAAAAUACUGACCAGGGAACAAUCAGUGCGGUUCUUUCAUAUUUGUAAUCCCAUCGCAAACCUUAGUGUUACGGAACCCUGGUUGUGAUUUUAAUGAUUGGAAUUCUGAACCAAAUCGCAUGUAAUUUUACACACAAACUUCUUUUCUAACCGCACCCAUGGAAAGCCAGCAACAUCAACAUAUAAUAGGCAUGUCUGUUCAACAUAGACAUGCUGUAUAUCGGUACGUUCAUCCUUUUCUUGAAAAUUCAGUGUGCUUCCAUUGUUUACAAAGGACAUUGUGCAAACUUCCUGCGGAGUAAAUUCUGACAUGGAUGGAUUGCCAUACAGAUGAGGUUCAUCGUAUCAAACUUGAAUGUUAGUGAGACAAGGCCCUGGUACCUGAGCCACGAAACACAAACAGGGUGACACAGAUAAACAAUUGACUGAGCCAACUCCCAUGAUUUAUUGUAUCAUUUUGUGUAACCGGGCCCAGGGGUCCGUAUUAUUUAUGUAUGCUCCCUGUGUCCACAAACCAACUAAUUUGCACGUUUGAUGGACAAGCCUGUAUGAUCAUUUAGCUUUCGACAAUCUCUGCCUUUUCCCCGAAAUGUUUUAAGUUGGUAAUUAUAUGCUUGUGAUCUUGAUGAAAAGCAAUUAUUUAUGCAUUGUCUAAGUAGUGAUUGAAAUGUUAGCAGAACAAGAAAGGCGCACUGUGAUAAGCUCUAAGAAAAUGACAGCACAAUGAAAAGGGUAAGCCUUAAAAUCCAGUACAAUUUAUGCAAUUUCUUAAGAUAUAUGACCUUUCAAUAAAAUACAUUACAAGCAAAUGAA